AAACUAAACUUUCUUCCCCACAAUUGUUUUCUUCCUCUUAUUUCUGUCUCAAGAUUUUGAGCUCUGAAUCAAGAUCUUGUUGGAGCUGAAGAACCUUAACUUCUUCAACUUGAAUUUUCAAAGCUUUGAGUUGUUUAUAAGAUGAGUGUUGUGUAUACACAUGCUCUCAACAACUAUGAAGAUGUAGCAAGGAAGAAUACAGAAAUGGAAUCAAAAAUUGGUAAUUCACAACAACAUUGUCACCCAAACAAUCCCGGCUUAUCGCGGUACAGUUCGGCUCCUAGCUCAUUGCUUACAAGCCUAGUAGACACAAGAAUUGGCUUCCUCAAUGAAGAAACUUUCAGAAAUUAUAAUCAUAAUCAGCAUUAUGCUCCAACCACAAGUUCAGAAAUGGAAACCAUGAUGACAAAUUCUGAACCUUUGUAUGAGCUUGAAGAGAAACAAGUGAAGCAUGAAGAAAAAGACCCUUUUUCGCAGAGAUUACAAUACAAUGGUUACUCUUAUGAAUCUUCAAAUCAGAUAAUUUAUCAACCUCAGAUGAGUCAAGGAUUGCAAAAUGGUUCUUUGGCUUUAGAGAAUUAUGCACAAACUAAAGUUGGUUUUUCUAACAAUUGCUCCAAUCUCAUUAGGCAGAAGAGUUCCCCUGCUGAAUUUUUCUCCAAUUAUUCAGUUGAUAAUGGUUUUGCAUCACUGGGAGAGGUAGGAAGUGUUAGAGGCUGUGAUGUCUCAAAUGGACAAUCUAUUACAUCAACUAGUGGAUUGAAUGGUGCUUUGAAUUUCUCAUCUAGACCAAUCUCUUGCUCUAUCAUGAUGCCACAAAUUGUUGAAAAUGAACAUGAAUCUCUUCAAGCAAAUUGUAUCAAAAGUAGAAACAUUGGAAAUGAUAAUGGUAACACUAAAUGUAACAUGCCUAGCUUCACCAAUGACUAUUGGGAUAAUUCAACAUUCAAUGCCCAAAAAUCAGCCACUAAUAGUGGUGAAAUCAUUUUUUCAUCUUCAAAUGCUUUGGAAACUCAGGAUGUAGACUUUGGAUACCAAAAACUUGGUUUGACUCAUCAUUUGAGUCUACCUAGCUCUUCUACUAAGAUGACUACUAUGGAGAAGUUUUUUCACACUCAAGGAUCUGUUCCAUGUAAAAUUCGUGCCAAAAGAGGUUUUGCUACUCACCCUAGAAGCAUUGCUGAGAGGGAAAGAAGAAUAAGAAUUAGUGCCAGAAUAAAAAAAUUACAUGACCUUUUCCCAAUUUCAGAUAAGCAAACUAGCACAGCUGAUAUGUUGGAUUUAGCAGUUGAGUACAUUAAAGACCUAAGGAAACAGCUUGAGUUACUAACAGACACUAAGGCAAAGUGCACUUGUAGCAGUAAUUAGAAGCAAUAUGCUCAUACCUUGUGUCUGAUUUUUAAUCCUUGUAGAUUACAAAAGUAAGGAGGGAUUUGUUUUAAAUUAAUCUUUAGUUUGCCAAAUAAUGGCCAGUGUGAUUAUUUAGAAUAGUGUUAUUAUUUGCCUAGUUUUUAUGCAUUUAGGUCCAGGUAAAUAUCUUUUAAGUUUUCUUUUUUAUUUUUUCUCUGUUUGUUUUUACUUUCUUUUCUUGUACUCAUUUAAGGGUAAAAAAAUAUAUUGUACUGCCAAGUUUAGCAAAAUCAUUUGUAACUAUUCAUUAUACUCAUGAGAUUUUAUGGCACUGCAAGAUUAAUUAAUCUCGAA